UCAAUUCGACCUCGUCACAACCAUUGAAGUACAAAUAUGGCUCGUCCAUCGAAGGCUAGAGCUGCCAGUGAAGAAUCAUCCGCCUUGUCAUCUGUCGUAUCCGACGCUCCAGAGACUGCCGUCGCCGACACUGCUCCCAAAGGAACUAGAGGAACCAAGCGCAAGCGCAACGUCAAGCAACAAGUCAAAGAAGAGUCGGAGGGAGAGAACGACAUUGAAGAGAGGCCUGCUCCUGUCAAGAAGACCCGUCAACGUAAAGCUGCCAAGGUCGAGGAAGAGGUUGAGCCAUCACCCAAGAAAGCCAGGAAGUCGAAGAAGGUCAUCGAAGAGACCCAGGAAGCUGAAACUACCACUGUCGACGCCCCACCAACCAAGGCCAAGGUUGUACGAAAGCGUAAGACCAAGGAAGGGAAGGAAGCUGAAGCGAUGCCCUUGGCUGCACGUACAGUCGGUCACAAGCUCUUCAUCGGUGCUCAUGUCUCGGCCGCUGGAGGCCCCCCAAAUGCUGUCCAAAACGCAAUUCACAUCGGCGCAAAUGCCUUUGCUCUCUUCCUCAAAUCCCAAAGGAAGUGGGCAAACCCUCCUCUCGACGAAACUCACUCAAUCAACUUCCACGAGAACUGCAACAAGCACGACUUUGACCAGAACAAGCACGUUGUUCCUCACGGCUCAUAUCUGGUAAACCUAGCGCAUACCGAUCCUGAGCGUACUAAACAAGCAUACGACUCCUUUCUCGAUGACUUGAAGCGCUGCGAGAAGCUCGGUAUCGCCCUGUACAACUUCCAUCCUGGAAACAGUGUUGGCGGUGACCGUGCUGCUGCUAUUGCCCACUUGGCUGGCAAUCUCAACCGUGCUCACAAGGAGACUUCCAAAGUUGUCACUUUGCUCGAGAACAUGGCCGCUGGUGGCAAUGUCAUUGGCUCGACCUUUGAAGAUUUGCGCGAUGUCAUUGAGCUAGUAGAAGACAAGUCUCGCGUCGGUGUGUGUCUAGAUACAUGCCAUGCCUUUGCUGGCGGUUACGAUCUGCGUACCCCUGAGACGGUUCAGAAGACCAUGUCCGACUUCAACGAGACUGUCGGUAUGAAGUAUUUGCGUGCUCUUCAUCUCAACGACAGCAAAGCCCCCUUCUCGAGUCAUAGAGAUCUGCAUGCCAACAUUGGCACUGGCUUCUUAGGCCUCCGCGGCUUCCACGCCAUCAUGAACGACGAGCGUGUCAUUGGUCUACCCAUGGUCCUCGAGACUCCCAUCGAGGUUCGCGACGAAGACGGCAACCUCCAGAAAGAUGCUAAGGGCAAAGACAUGGAGGACAAGGGCAUCUGGGCCAGAGAAAUCAAGCUGCUCGAAAAUCUUGUCGGCAUGGAUGUCGAGAGCGAAGAGUUCAAAGAAAUCGAGGACAGACUGCAAAAGAUGGGUGCGGUCGAACGCAACAGAAUUGCCGAACAAGUCGAGAAGAAGACGACCAAAGUCAAGGAGAAGGAGGAAAAGACAAAGGCUAAACAGACAAAACUCAACUUUGGCAAGGCGGUCCCAGCAAAGAAGGGCAAGAAGGCGAAGAAGGAAGAAGAGGCCGAUCAGAGUGAUGCUUCGUCCUUGAGCGCACUGCCUUCCGACAACGAGAGCUAAACACCUUGCGUCGACUCAAAAACAUGAUCGAGGAACGACAGAAGAGAAGCAUGACAUUAAUGGAAGAUCGAAGCAUUCUCAGCACCACUACAUACGAUACCAAAUUUGUCGCUCCAUCGACAAUACGCGCGUGAACAUGCUUUGCAAAGGAGCACUACACGAAUGGACAAUAUCUGUAAGUAGUCUCAACGAUACAUCUUAAUCAACAGCCUUGCGUCACCAC